GGUCUUAAACUUUCCAGAUAAGGCGUUCCCUCCUCUGCUAGCGAGGAUACGACUCCUAUCAGGUUGAUAUCUUUUCAAUUUGCAUUGACGGUGGCUUUUGAAGCGAAUUGGCAUUAAGAAGACCAGAGACUGAUUUUAGGGUGUAUAUGGCAUCCAUAUUGAAGGUAAAUGGCAGUCCAGUCAAGCUAUUUGAAUUUGAUAGAUCUUUUAACAGAAAUAAGUUCAAUACUGCCUUUUCAGGGUGCUUUCUUACCUUAUUUGGCCAUAUUUGAUAAUGCCAUUUGUUGUUUUUGUUAUCAUAUGAAUUUAGAAUUUUUGACACGGGAUUUUCCACAGUAACGGGCUCUUUGUAUUGAAAUAUAUAUUUGACCACCUCUGUGUACGAUUUAUUUGCUUGUCAAACAUGACAGUGCAGCAGGCUCUCUCAGCAGAUAUCGAUAAAAAUGCAGAAGGUGUUAUCGGUGUCAGCAUCUUGGUUGUAGAUUGUAAUUCGGCAUGUCUUGCAAUUGUAUCAAAAAUGCUUUGUACAUCUGGAUAUAAAGUCGUUACUGCUACACGGGCCACUGAUGCAUUGCACAUUUUACGGGAGAGAAAAGAGAAGAUUGACCUUAUUUUGACAGAGGUCCACUUGCCUGAUAUGGAUAAAUACGAACUACUCGAAACCAUGCGAGAAAUUUCCUGCUUGCCCAUUUUGAUUCUAUCGGCUGAUGAUACCGAGAAUGUCAUGCUAGGCUGUCUGUUUAAAGGGGCUAUGUUUUAUCAUGUGAAACCAAUCACUUUUAAUGAUGUCCAAAACUUCUGGCAGUUUUCAUGUAUGAAAAACAGAAAGAAAAAUGCCACUCAAGGAGCUCAUAGCUAUCAAGGUCAGUUGCCUCGUAUGGUUGCUUCAAAUGACGCUUCAGAAUGUCGAUCAAUUUUAGACACUUGCGAGCAGAAUGCCCAGAGGGCCAAAAGAAAAGAGCCAGAAGAUAUGGAUAAAGACGAGGAAGAUAAUCUCAGUUCAACUGCACCGAAGAAACGAAAGCUAGUAUGGACCAGUGACCUGCACAGCAGAUUCAUGCAGGCUGUCAACUUAUUAGGCAUUGAUAAUGCUCAGCCGAGUAAAAUACUUAGUCACAUGAACGUUCCGGGGCUGACAAAGGAAAACAUUUCAAGCCACUUGCAGAAAUAUCGCAUUUCUGUGAAACGCGAACAAGAUGAAAUACAGAACAACAUGUUCAGAGUUGACAAUUUUUAUCCAUGGAAUAUCGAGUCUGGAGCUUCUGAAUUCCUGAAUCCUCAAUACUCGAUAACAAGAAAUCCACAAGAUUUCAGAAGCUAUUAUCAGAAUUGGACGAAUCUCCAUGAUUCUUCCAUGUCCGUGCCUUCUCUUGGUUCAAGCAAUUCUCCCAUGUAUAUGCAGUCAUCUCCGCAGACCAAUCAGAUGAACACUACCCAUAACAGCAGCAGUAAUGAUAGUCCUGCUACACUAACAAUUACCAGUAAUGAGGAGCUGCCUAAGGGGAGGUUUGAUCAAAUAAUUAACGUAAACAAUAAUAUGAAAAAUCACGGAUUUGAAGAAAUUGUAGGUGACGGCGUAGAGCUAUUUGGCGAUUGUUCCUCACAGCAGCAAGACGAUUACAUGCUGCCGCCUCUGUCUCCGCUCCCGCUGGUAUGGGAUCAAGAGAAGGACUGGGUUACUAGGGAUGAUAUGUUAGAAAUCGAUGAGAUAUUUGAUUUAUCAACAUUUUUCUAGUAAAAUGUUGCUCCCAUGAAGAUUUGAUCUUUUGAAAAGGCUGUAUUUCAGGUUUUGAGCCAUAAAUAAUUUGUUUGUUUUUACAGUUUAGUAGCAGUUAUUCAGUUGAAGCUGCAUGUAAUAAAAUAUCACUUUGUUAUUACAAA